GUCGGGAGGCGGGCCCGGCACAAGAUGGCGGCCGGGCGGCUCGGAAGUGACGGCGGGAGGAAGGGCCGGCCCGUUUGAAAGCGCUGCUGCCGCCGGCCCUUUCCCGCCGCCUCCGCCAUGGAGCCGCCGGCCGCAGGAGCUGAGCCGAUGACUCUGGGCUCCCCCAUGUCUCCCAAGCCAGGAGCCAGCGCUCAGUUCCUCCCCGGGUUCCUGAUGGGAGAUCUACCUGCUCCGGUGACUCCACAGCCCCGCUCCUUGAGUGGCCCUUCUGUUGGCGUAAUGGAAAUGAGAUCUCCUCUGCUUGCAGGUGGCUCUCCCCCACAGCCAGUAGUCCCUACGCACAAAGAUAAAAGCGGUGCUCCACCAGUUAGAAGCAUAUAUGAUGAAUUAUCUAGUCCUGGGCUUGGAUCUACACCGCUAACCUCAAGAAGACCAGCCAGCUUUUCCCUAACACAGAGCCCGCUGGUUGGAAAUAUGCCAUCAACCCCUGGAACAGCUUCAAGUAUGUUCAGUCCUGCAAGUAUUGGACAGCCCAGAAAGACUACUCUAUCUCCUGCUCAGCUAGAUCCUUUUUAUACUCAGGGUGAUUCCCUAACUUCAGAAGAUCAACUUGAUGACACAUGGGUAACUGUAUUUGGAUUUCCUCAAGCAUCUGCUUCAUAUAUUCUUCUACAGUUUGCUCAGUAUGGAAACAUAUUAAAGCACGUGAUGUCCAACACAGGAAAUUGGAUGCAUAUUCGAUAUCAGUCUAAGCUUCAAGCCCGAAAAGCCUUAAGCAAAGAUGGAAGAAUUUUUGGUGAAUCUAUCAUGAUCGGUGUCAAACCUUGUAUAGAUAAAACUGUGAUGGAAAACUUUGAAAGAAGCUCUACAUCUUCAGUGUCUUCAGUUUUCACUCCACCUACAAAAUCUGUAGGCACACCAGUACAACCUGCAAAUACUACAAGAAUUUCUACAAUGAGACCUCUUGCAACAGCAUAUAAAGCUUCCACUAGUGACUACCAGGUGGUUUCUGACAGACAGACGCCUAGGAAAGAUGAAAGUAUUGUAUCUAAAGCAAUGGAAUAUAUGUUUGGCUGGUAAUAUACAAGAGGAAGUAACAUACUGAGUUGGUCAGGGUUUGAAAUAUGCUGCUGUCAUCAGUGGUUAGUUGUAUAACUGCUGGUGUCAGUAUUUUAAUUUGCAUCUCACCUGUUAUGCCUUCAAGGAAUUCAGCAGACAUGUAGCUUGCACUUUAAAUGAUGGCAAUGUACACAUGGUUUUAAAAACUGAAUCCGUGUAAAUAAGUGCUUGUUUCCUGUUUGUGCUCUGAAUGCAUGAUUGUAAAAAUAUAAGCACUGACUUUU